AUGGCAGCCGUCCUUGCAGCCCGAUUGCUCAAGACCGUCGCAGAUGCAUUCUCAAUCGUGCGCGACAACUGCAACGCCUGGACAGAUUCUAUGAUUGCCCUUUCCUGGAUUCGGACAGCACCUUCACGCGUAACACCUUUCGUAAGCCAUCGUGUCUUAGAUAUUCAGCGACACAUUCCCCCUCAUCUGUGGAGACACUGUCCUGGAUGCGAAAAGGCAAUCAUAGAAUCAAGUAUGAUCACGUACACCCACGUAAACCAGAUGCACACCGGGGUUCAAGGCAUCCUCGCUCAACUGCGUGAGAGGUUUUGGAUCAUACGUGGACGUCAAGCAGUCAAAAGAGUCAUAUAUGCGUGUGUCGUCUGCCGCCGGUUCGGGAGUAAGGCCACACGCCAAGCCACGGCUUCGCUUCCUCCAGAUCGUCCCUCCAGAAGCGAACCCCUUCAGGUCACGGGGCUUGAUUUCGCCGGCCCGAUCUAUUAUCGUACUGAUCGCUCGAGCACCACUCCGAAGUCAUAUAUCGUCCUAUUUACAUGUGCUGUCACUCGCGCCGUGCAUCUAGAAUUGGCAUCCUCAAUGACCACACACGAUUUUCUACAAGCCUUCAGACGCUUCAUCGCUCGUAGAUCGAUACCUGCCAAAGUGUACUCUGACAACUUCCGGACAUUCAAGCGGGCCUCCACGGACCUUGCCGAACUUGGCCGGCUCAUCCAUGCCGAACCCGUCCAGCGCUACUGCGCAGUUUACAAUAUCCAAUGGGUAUUCAUCGCCGAGCGCGCAGCCUGGUGGGGCGGGUUCUGGGAACGGCUGGUGAGAUCAGUCAAAGACGCCCUGCGCAAGACUUUAGGACGUAGCUCACUGACGUUCGAGCAGCUGACAACCAUCCUCACUGAAAUUGAGGCCACGAUCAAUUCGCGCCCACUGACAUACCUCUCCGACGAUCCCAGAGACCUUUCACCACUCUGUCCAUCUCACUUUCUGGUUGGAAGGCGCCUGACUCUCCUACCUGAGCAUCCUCAGACCAGCAGUACUACUGAUGAAACCCGUUCCUCGCUUAUCGAGAAGGCAGAUCUCCGACGGGUGAUGCUGGCGAGCUUUUGGCGCAGGUGGACCCGCGACUACAUAUGCGAGCUGCCUUCCGCUCAUCGCUUCCAGUGCAGCAAUAUCGUACCCUUCAAGGUGGGCGAGCUAGUGCUCCUGUCCUCCAAACCACAAGGAAGAGCAGUGUGGCCACUUGCACGCAUCUCUGAGGUACAGCCAGGACGCGACGGAGUCAUCCGAGCGUGCAAGGUAGUACUUCCCAACGGAUCAGAAAUACGUCGUCCCGUCCAGAACCUCCACAAGCUUUAA